GACAGAGGAUCUGAAGCCGGCUCUGUGCUCACGGCAGAGAGUCCCCUGCAGGGCUCUAACCCAUGAACCAGAGAACCCAUGAACCCAUGGGCUCUAACCCAUGAACCUGAGCCCAAGUCAGACACUUAACUCACUGAGCCACCCAGGUCCCCCUAGUUUCUUAACUGCUCUGCCUUCCUGUAACAACUGCUAGGCAGGCUCUGGACUGGGUGCUUUGAAGUGUUAUUGAUUGCAAUCUUGUUAACAACCCUGGGGCGGGGGGGGGGGGGUCACUCUUAUCCCUCCCAUUUCGUAGAUCAGAACCUGUUCAGGAGGUAAGAAAGCUCCUCCAGGUUACAAAGACAGUGAGUCGUUAAGUUGCAACUCACACCCAGGUCUAACUCCAAAGCCCAUAUUCUUCAACAUUAUGCUAUGCAGAAAGGGAAAGAUGUAAACAAACAAACAAACAAACAAACAAAAAAACCCCAACAGCACUAGUGAAAGACUACUUGCAAGUUCAGCACGAGGCAGCGGUGGGAUAUCGCUGCCAACAAGGUGAAUGCCACCCAAGGCUGUGUUCUAGAAAUACAGUAUUUGUAGUAAGGGUGGAGACAGUCCCACUAUAAUCUGUGAUGGCAGAGCUUACCUGGGCCAUUGUGUGUCAUUCCAGGCUCCACACUCUAAACGAGCAUUACUGACAUGCCUGAAACUCAUUCAUCCACAGGGGAGGGCCGAGCAUGAAGUGUCUGAGUAACGUGUCUAUGGGAAGAACUGUUAAAAAGUCGAGGUUGGCUGUGCAAGAGAGAAGACUCAGGAGGGAUGGAAUAGCUAAGGUUUGAAGCGUCUGCAUGUGAUGGAAAGUUAGAUACAGUCAGUGGUUCCAGAGGGAAGAGCUAGGGCUUCCCUUAGGAGGGAGGAGGUACUGCCUGGUAUUUGCAGGUUUCUAGAAAUGAAAAGGGCUUCCUUGUAAGAGAACGAAUUCUUUGUCAUUGAUGAAUAGCCUGAAUGACCUCUAUGUCAGGUGAGGCGGUCCUUAAAUUUUAGCGGGUAUAAGAAUCACCUGAAAGAGUUUGUGAAUUACAGAUUCUCAGACCUCACCUACAGAAGUAUCAAUUCAGUAGACCUGGGGAAAGGGCCACAAAUCUGCAUUUUUAACAAACAACCCAGUGGCUCCAAAUGAGGUGGUCAGUGAAGUACACUUUGAGAACCAGGGAGACUGGAUAAACUCCAAGAUCUCUUCCACUUAUUUGACAAAUAAACAUUUUAGUAAAAAAAUGAGCAUAGUCAACAUAAUGAUUGUUCAGAGAAAGUUGCCUUCCGUUUCAGAAAAGAUCCAAGGCAAAAUUCUUUAAUAUGUUGACAGUUACAAUUAGAGACAAAAGUAUUGGGAUGUAGGAUGUUAGGAUAUGGAAGGGGAAGGCUUGAUUCUCAAUCUGUGUCAUAAGAGAUAAGAUUUUAAUAGCAAGACAGAAGAGACAAAUCCAGGUGGAAAUCUUUGACCAUUUUAAAGAACUCAUUCUACAUCUACCAGGGAGCAAUCUGAGGGGGACCUGGAAGAAGCUAUCUAAUUAACCUAAAGGAAAGCGCCUGUGUAAGGUUAAACACCUGUCAGGCUUUUGACCCAGGCUUAUAUAAACUUCAGCCUAAAACUAACAAAACAGGUGUGGGGGAGAGUGUUUUCUACCUGUGGCCCACUUUUAUUUUUGUUGUUGUUGUUGUUGGGGCUAAAGCACCUUUUCUGGCAAAUAUAGUGUAUGUUUGAUUAACCUUAACUUUUACUUAAAGCAUGCAACCUGAGAGUCACAUUUUAGAACUACUAUACCCUGAAAUGUUCUGCUUUCUGUAAAUACCUUUUUAAAAAGGGGUGCUCGGGUAUAAUUUACUGUCCCGUAUCCAGACUUUUUUUUUUUUUUUUAACUUAAGUUGCAUACUGGUGUUUUAUUUGUUUCUUAAGUAUAUUAAAGUUUUAAAAAGUGGGGUUUUUUUUCUUUGAAAACAUUAAAAACUGGCUAAUUGAGGAAUUGGUGUUCAUGGCUGUUUUGGUAGUGGGCCCUACUGACACGCUUAUUCAGUUGACGAAGAACCAGCAAAUGAUUUCUAUGUUUCAGGUAUAUAAAACUUCCAAGUGGCAAUUACAUGUUGAUUGUAAGCUUGAUCCUGUUUCUAGUUCAUUUAUUCUCACUUCCUUUGAAUGGUUGCAGUCCUCCUCCUUUCUCUUGAAUCAUGAGAGAUGAAAUUGCAACAGCCGUUUUCUUUGUCACAAGAUUGGUGAAAAAACAUGAUAAACUGAGUAAACAGAAAAUAGAAGACUUUGCAGAAAAGCUGACGACCAUCUUGUUUGAAACCUACAGAAGUCACUGGCACGCCGACUGCCCUUCUAAAGGGCAAGCGUUCAGGUGUAUCAGGAUAAAUAAUAGUCAGGAUAAAGAUCCCAUUCUAGAAAGGGCUUGUGCUGAAAGUAACGUGGAUUUUUCUCACCUGGGACUUCCAAAGGAGAUGACCAUAUGGGUAGAUCCCUUUGAAGUGUGCUGUAGGUACGGUGAGAAAAAUCAUCCAUUUACAAUUGCUUCUUUUAAAGGCAGAUGGGACGAAUGGGAGCUUUCCCAACAGGUCAGCUGUGCUGUUAAUCGAGCUACAUUAGACUAUGCCUCUGGCAUUUCCUCUGAUGAAGAAAGUUGUAACAAAGAACCGCAGAUCAUUCCUAAAGUCAGCAAUCCAAAGAGUAUUUAUCAGGUUGAAAACUUUAAACAGUCCUUUCAAUCUUGGUUCCAUGUCUCCCGCAAAAAGAAUAUGGCAGAUGGCCGUAUGGGCCUCCUAGGAAAUGCUUAUGCAUUGCAUAAAAAUCAUAAGCGUCAGAGGCCUGCUGCUAUCUACCGGGUAGACAGGUACCACUGGGUCAACACUAACCGAUAAUGCAGUGGUCGGGCACUUGAGGGAUAGAGCUCAGAGGAGCGGCUUCAUUUUCUCUAUAACAAAAGGGAGUCUAAAAUUGAGAGGCCCAUGAAACAGAAAAAAUAACCAUCUCAGGGACUAGAGUGGCAUAAUGGCAAAUCCUCUAGUGCAGAUCAUAACAGUGUUCUUAGCUAUACUUUUAACUCUUAAUUUUAUGUGAAGUUUUAUGUAACACAAAUGUAUGUACUCAGUAAGGUAAUGGAAUGAAGAUAGUGACCUGUGAUGAGAUUCAGUGAA